GACUUUCUUUACAAUCCGCGCAAAAUCGCAUAUUUAAUAAAGUACCUUGUGUAAAAAAAAAGCAUGUCAUGAUAUUUAAAACACUCCUCCGACCUCUUCCCCUGCGCGUCCCCUCUCACAUCCACAACCAUGGCAUCAUAAACCGCCGAAUGUCCCUUCUCCCACACACUAUCAGUGGAGGAGGAGGAGGAGGAAAAGGAAGCGGAAGCGGAAAUCCCAAGCACGCCGCUCACCCCCUGCGCAUCCUAACCUGGACACUCAAAUCGCUCUUCAUCUACCACCUCUUCCACACGUACUUUUAUUCACUCGAGACGGGAUCUGGACCCUCGAUGCUCCCGACCAUCUCCGUGUCCAACGAUUGGUUUCUCAUCUCGCGUGCGUAUCGACGCGGCCGCGACGUCCAGGUUGGCGAUAUCGUUUCGUUUGAAUCGGUCGUUGAGCCCGGUCAAAAGGCUUUCAAGAGGGUUUUGGGUUUGGAGGGGGAUUGCGUUAUGAUGGGGACGCCGGGGAGUGGAGAGACUCAGAUGAUUAGAAUCCCCGAGGGACAUUGUUGGGUAGUGGGGGAUAAUUUAGAAUGGUCGAGAGAUUCAAGGAUGUUUGGUCCGAUACCUAUGGCUUUGAUUAAGGGGAAAAUUAUCGCUAGAGUCCUACCAUGGAGCGAGAGAAAAUGGUUCGAGAAUGAUCUGAAACCAGUGGUAGAUGACUGUUGAAAUUCUGAUGUAGUCACGAAAAAAAUAACAAGAAUCACCAAUUCCUAAAAGGUUGAAUAAUGGUGUUCUACUAACUGAUCA